AUGGAGGGCAAGACCAUGGGCACAGCCACGGGCAUGGGCGUGGACCUGGAGCAGCCGCUGCUCGGCAAGGCGGGGGAGGCCGGAACCAGCGAGGCCCAGCUGAAGCUGCAGCGCGCGGUCUACUUCGCGCUCUUCUUCAUGUUCGUCGAGAUUGUUGGAGGCGUCGUGGCGAGCUCGCUGGCCAUCAUCACCGACGCGGCCCACAUGCUGUCGGACGUCGGCGGGUUCAUCGUGUCGCUCGUGGCCCUGAAGCUGUCCGCCCAGGCAGCCACGGCGGAGUACACCUACGGCUUCAAGCAGGCGGAGGUGCUGGGCGCGCUGCUGUCCAUAGCCAUCGUCUGGGCGCUCACGGCCGUGCUGCUCUGGGAGGCGGCCAGCCGCUUCCUGACCCUGACGGAGGUCGACGCCCCGGUGAUGUUCGUCAUCAGCGUGGUCGGUUUUUUCGUGAACCUCAUCCUUAUGAAGGUGCUGGGGCACGGGCACUCUCACGGCGAUGGCGGCCACGGCCACGGCGACCACGGCCACGGUGACGGUGGCCACGGCGGUUGUGAUGGCCACGGGGGUGCGCAGGGUGAGAGCAAUAGCGUGGCCGUGCAGGCUGCUAUGGCCCACGUCAUCGGUGACAUCGUGCAGUCUCUUGGUGUCUGCCUCGCUGCCGGCCUCAUUUGGUGGCAGCCGUUCGACGUGGGCCUCGCGCCCAGCGGCGUCAGCCGCUGGAACUACGCCGACCCUCUCUGCACAGUGCUCUUCGGAGUUCUCGUGCUGCUCACCACGAAGGGCACGCUGGCGCGCACGGUAGACACCCUCAUGGCCAAGGCCCCAGUAAACAUGCAGCAGGACCUGCUGCGGCAGCUGAGCGCCAUCGAGGGCGUCGUGCAGGUCCACGACCUGCACAUCUGGUCCCAUGGGUCCUCGGACGUCAUCGGCACCGCCCACAUAGUUGUGUCCGCCGAGAGGCACGCGCACACGGCGCUGCAGCAGGCGGUGAAGGUGUCGAAGAGCCUCGGAGUGGGCCACACCACCUUCCAGAUCGAGGCCGAGGGGCAGUUCGCCGACGGCGAGACUUGUGGGGCCGACUGCUCCCCGCGGGACCCCGCCGCCAAGCGGGGCGCCCACAGCGCGCACGGGCACGACGGCGGGCACGCGCACAGCAAGGGCCACGGCGGCCACGACGCCGGCCACGGCGGCGGCUGCUGCGGCGGGCACGCGCACUGA